GGUUCGAUUCCUACAUGAACCACUUAUUGACUUCUAUUUUCUAUCUCUCUUCCUGAAGAAGAGAAGCCUGUUACGGAAGACAAAAUCAAUAUAACUUAACUUACCGUUCUUUUAGUCGUCUUAGAGCAGAAACCUGUUGUAUUUAAUAUGGCUCACAAGAGAAAAAAGCGUUCGGAAAAACUAAAAGAUCGUAAAAAGUUAGGUGAGGAUAAUGCUCCCGUCGUUAAUGGAGACGAAGAUGAUUGUCCGAAAGCCUUCAAACAUCUUCUCAAGCAGAGGGAAAUUUAUGAAGCCAAAAGACUGGAGAGGAAAAUAGCGAAAACAGAGAAGAAAAAGCCAAUUAUAAAAAGACUUCCCGGCGAAAAAAUGAGUGAGUUCAGUCAAAGAGUAAACAGGGCUAUACCGGUUUCCUUCAAAAGUGGACCCGUGAAGGUCGACGAAUUUACAGAUAAGAAAACAGCCAAAAAAAUAAAACGGAAACAAGAGAAGAGGGAAGCAGAACUUGACGAAAAGGAAAUGGAGUUAGAGGACACAAACUGGGAGGCUGAAACUACAGGCCAAUAUAUCCCAAUCGAAAGUCACAGAAAACGAAAGGGCUCACCCGACCCUUGGGAAUCUUUAAACAAACAAAGACCUGCCUUUAAUGAAAGGGUUGAUGCACCUCCUGUUCUCCCAUCUUUGAAAAAGACAUCUAUCAUACAUAGCAUUCCAAAAAAAGACAAACAAGGGAAUACAGAAUCCCUUGCACGACGGAAGGCAUUAGGUGAAGAACGUCAGGCUUUAAUUGAGCGUUAUCGUGCCAUGAUGCAGGCACGUCGAUCAUAGCAGGCGUUUGCGAACUCAAACAACGAACAGUGGCUGUUUGUAACUAAAGUUAUACAGGUGACACCUCAUUCACUUGUCGUGGAUGGGACCAUUUCGUUAAAAAUGGCACCUAUUUUUGGACCAAAGUAGCCUUUCAUCUUGUGCAGUGUCUCCAGCUUAGCAUAAAUGCUGGAAUGGUAGUUGCCUAGCAUCAAUACUUUUCCGAGCAAAUCACAACAUAUUUGCUCAAUUAAGGAUUUUGCCAGCGUUGAUUUAAGCGUUAUUAUUCUCCUCCGAGAAUGACGUCCACUUAUUAUUUUCACAGCAGGAGUACCGAAUGAACGAGAGAAUGUGUAAAACCAGUUGUCUAACAAGCAAAGAAUGGCAUCCUCAAUUUCUUCUGGCAAAUUGAAUUUUGGUAACACAGCUUCAUCAUUGGCAACACCGGACAUAUUGUCAUAAAUAAGGGCUGUUUCAAGGUAUGUUUGUGAUGCCUGUUUUAGUUGUUAAUAACAAUAUACAC